AUGUCUUCGCGACUAGUCUCAACCGCGCUGUCUCUGCGCACCGUCACACGCGCCGCAGCUCUCGCAGCAGCGCGUUACGCACCUCCUUCAAGAAUCGACAACAAUCGCAACACCACCUACUUCGCGGCCUUGAACCGCAGCACACCGACGCCUUCACCUCAGGUGUCGUUUUCACCAAUUCUCGCUCGCGCCAAGUCGCUGAGUCACGAGAUCGAAACCGCUGCGCCGGCAUCGUCCGGUCUGUCGUGGCCUGUGGACGUUUUCGCCAAGGCGUUCGAGGAGGAUAGAAGGCUCGAUGCACUAAGCAAGGCGUUUGUGUCAGGCGAGAAGCGUAGUAAGAUGUCUAGGGUGUGGGAACCAGUGGAGAAGGAGUUGUGGUUGGAGAGAUAUGGUGGGCCGGGUAAGAGGUUGGAGAGAGUCGUUGGGAAUGGGACGGUGGUGUUAAGGGAGGCUGCGCUGGAUGGGAAGGGGUACCUGAGGGUUCUCAUAUAG